AUGGCGUACUUUCAGGACUUGGGCAUCAACCUCGAGAAUGCCGAACUUCUCGUCGUCAUGGAGCUUCUUCAGGCACCUGCUGUGGGCGAGCUGACGAGAAAAGGCUACGUCGACGGCUGGAAGGCAACCGGCGCCGCGACGCGUCAAGCGCACGUCGCCCACAUCAAGUCUUUGGUAAACAGUCUCGCGACCGACCUGGGGUACUUCAGAAAGGUUUAUCGGCACACCUUUGUCGCCAGCAAGGAGGACAAUCAGAAGGCUCUUAACCUCGAGCUUGCCAUUGUCUACUGGAACGUCCUGUUCUCGGCUCCUGGCUUGCUGUGGCAGACCAAGAACCAUGACUGGUUGGAGUUGUGGUUACAGUUCCUCCAAGAGAAGUGGACGCGAUCUGUCAACCGCGACAUGUGGAACCAGAUCCUCGAAUUCGCAAUCAGAUCGAUGGCGGACGAGACUUUGUCGUUCUGGAGCGAAGACGGCGCGUGGCCAAGCGUGGUCGAUGACUUUGUGGCUUGGUGUAAGGAAAAAGGAGUCGGCAAGGCCGAGACGAUGGAUUUGGAUGCCUAG